AUGGACCUUGUUGCACGCAAGAAGCUAAACUUGGAAGUUUUAAAACGACACGACCCAAACAUCACUGACAUUCUGGACCAAUCAGCACAUGCAGUAGUUUAUAAAUUUGACAUUGAGAAAAAAAGUUGGGAAAAACUGGGUUAUGAAGGUGUCAUGUUUCUAACAAAAGGGAAAUGUCAUCCUUAUUUCAGUUUAUACAUCUUGAACAGAUUAUCUAUCGAAAAUUAUUGCUUAAACUUGACAGACUUUGAAGACAUAAACUUGACAGACGAGUUUAUUAUCUAUCAGACAACAGAAGGAGAAGCGUGUGCCAUAUGGUUAUUCGAGAAAAAAGAUAGAGAACGUAUUUUGGCAAAAGUUCAAAAGUAA